UAAACACACAAAAAAUACUCAGAUUUUAACAGACUCAAAGGAUAUAGAUGUCCACGAGCGUUGGAGGACGUGGGACAUUAAUUUGUCGAAUUAGGUCGGCCUUUUUUUUAUUAAUUCAGAGUAUAAGCUACAGAGCAUCAAUGAAUGGAUAGUAUGUUGUGAAGCUACACUGAGCUCCUGUGACUCUAAAGCAGCGCUGCGCCUUUAAAUCUGUGCGCUCCUCCCUCUCCUCAGUGACAAGCCCGCAGAGCCUCUUUAACGCAUCCAGUGGAAAUGACAAACCAGAGGCGCUCCACGGGCCAAGCAUGUCCAGUAAUAACAAUAAUCAUGGGCUUUAGCAUCAUCGGCUCAUCCGGCUCUCACAUCCCGAGAGAGUAACGAGGCUCAUUUGGGCCGUUUCGUCGCUCUGCGGAAGCGUCAAAGUUGGAGCGAGCUCACCAAAUGGACGGUCGAUGGACUGGAGUCAAACCUCCGCUUCAAUCGGACUGAAGGAAGGAGGGAAAGAAACCUCUGCAUGUUCAAGUUUCCUGCUUCCACCGGAGGGGCAUCUCUGCGUGUGUGUUGGAUGUGUGUGCGCGCGUGUGGAAGUGUGUGUUGGGUGCGUUGCGCCCUCAGGAACAGCGGCAGGAGCAGCGGUGGCGGUGGUGGUGGUGGCCGCGGGAAGGGAAGUUUAGCGCCGUGAUUUUUUUUCUUUCUUUUUUUCUUUUUUUUUUCUUUUCCUUUCCUCUGUUCUGUUGUGUUGUUCUCAUGUCACAGCAGGCGACGGGAGGAUUAACGUUUCACUGAUGAGAAUUAAUCACUCGUGGGGAUGCUCUGUGAUCGUGACUAUGACGAUGAUGUCGAGUAAGAGCGUGGAGUGGCUGCAGGAGGAGCUGGAGUCCGGGGCCAGCUCUCUGCUGUUGCUGGACUGCAGACCCCAUGAGCUGUACGAGUCCUCGCACAUCGAGUCGGCCAUCAACCUGGCCAUCCCGGGCCUCAUGCUCCGGAGACUGAAAAAGGGGAACCUCCCCAUUCGUUCCAUCAUCCCCAACAACGAGGACAAGGAGAAAUUUGUAAAGAGGUGCAAGACGGACGUGGUGGUGCUGUACGACGAGGCGACCUCGGAGCGGCAGGAGUCCGGGCUGGGAAGCUCCGUGCUUGGGCUGCUCCUGCAGAAGCUCCGGGACGACGGGUGCAAGGCUUUUUAUCUAGAGGGUGGCUUCAACAAGUUCCAGUCAGAGUACCCAGAGCACUGCGAGACCAAUUUGGACUGCUCCUGUCCCAGCAGCUCCCCACCAGCCUCCGUCCUUGGUCUCGGAGGGCUCCGCAUCAGCUCCGACUGCUCAGAUGGGGAAUCGGACCGUGAGCCGGGCAGCGCCACAGAAUCGGAGGGCAGUCCGCUCCCCAACAACCAGCCAGCGUUCCCCGUCCAGAUCCUGCCCUACCUUUACCUGGGCUGUGCCAAAGACUCCGCCAACCUGGAUGUGCUCAGCAAGUACAAUAUCAAGUACAUCCUGAACGUGACGCCCAACCUGCCCAACAUGUUUGAACACGAAGGGGACUUCAAGUACAAACAGAUUCCCAUCUCCGAUCACUGGAGCCAAAACCUCUCUCAGUUUUUCCCUGAGGCCAUUUCUUUCAUAGACGAGGCGCGCUCCAAAAAGUGUGGCAUACUGGUCCACUGCCUGGCCGGGAUCAGCCGCUCCGUCACCGUCACUGUGGCUUACCUGAUGCAGAAGCUCAACCUGUCGCUCAAUGACGCCUACGACUUUGUGAAGCGGAAAAAGUCAAACAUUUCCCCGAACUUCAACUUCAUGGGCCAGCUCCUUGACUUUGAGCGGACGCUAGGUCUCAACAGCCCCUGCGACAACCACUCGAACUCGCCGACGCACGACCAGCUCUUCUUCACCACCCCGACCAAUCACAACGUGUUUCAACUGGACACCCUAGAAUCCACAUGAAAAUGAGAGUCUCGGUUUCAUGUGGAUUGCCCCCAUUGCAACAUACGAGGAUUUGGGGUGGGGGGCAUGGUGGUAUUGUUACCAUGUCAGCAAGUGGCUGCACUGCAGGAGAGCAGCCAGUUUUAAUGAAUGUUUUAGCCUCCUGAGGCUCGUUGUCCGAGAUCCUGACCACGGAGCAGCGUUGACGUGACAGGAGGAGUCACGGAUGCCACGUUAAAGGGUUUUUUGUUUGUUUUUUUCAACCCAGAGAAGGAUGCUGUGGGUUAACAAAGCCGUUCUCCCUUAUCAGCUUGUAAACGAAGAACAAGGGAGGUUUAACUUGACUGAGAAACUAAAUGAUCGCAGCAGGACAGAAAGCUUCAUACAAAGAUAGGAACACGGAAAAUCUUUAGCGCUUGAUUUAUAAGAUGACUGCAUCCUCCUUGUCUCGGCUCUCGAGCCGAGGUGACUGGUGCCAAGUGGAAAAGCUGGGAUUUACUCAUAGGAAAUCUCACUCUACUGAAUGUAGAGUUUUUAAAAACCAAGGAAUGAACUCACACACACAUGAUAUAAACACAGUAUGUAUGUUUGUACUGUAUGUAUGUUAACGUACAUAGCAGAAAAUGUAUGGGCAGUCCUUAACAAAUUCAGUAUGUCUAUAUGCAUUUUUGUAUAUUUUUAUGUACA